GGAUAAACUAUAUCGGGUAUAUUGCCGGUCACAUGAUAUAUCAGUUGCACUGAAUUUUGGUAAUUCCGUCGAGCGGAAUUUUUUCUCCUUCUGGUGUGUCAAGCCAGGUUGAUUUACACUGAAGAUACCCGCAACGGGCCGGAACACCUUAGUCGGAAUUUUAUGCUUUCUCCUCGACUACCAUCAAGUACAAGAUGCCGUCUUCACCCAACCUCAUCCGGACGUUACAUACAUAAUUUGGACACAUGCCUUCGACGCCGCUCCAUUCAACCACCAAAGCCAAUAAGUCCUCAGCAUUCAAUAUACCUCUCGAAAUCCACUAACCCUUACUUCAAUCUAUCUCUCGAGGAUUGGCUAUUCAGACAUAAAGCCCAAAACGAACCUUUGCUUCUACUAUACCGCGAUGAUCCCUGUGUAGUCAUUGGUCGGAACCAGAAUCCUUGGAAGGAGGUCAAUCUGCCGGCUUUGCGUGUUAGAGAAGGUGUACCUUUCAUCCGGAGACGAAGUGGUGGUGGGACGGUGUAUCAUGAUUUAGGGAACACCAAUUUCUCCAUUCAUCUACCCCGAACCUCCUUUGACCGACACAUGACGGCUCAAGUUGUCCUACGCGCCGUGUGUUCGUUAGGAAUUGACGCGACGGUAAACGAUAGGAAUGAUAUCUGUGUCGGAAAGGAAAAGGUCUCUGGGUCGGCGUACAAAAUUGUGAGCCAGCGUGCGUACCAUCAUGGUACGAUGCUCAUCUCCACCCAAUUAAACACUCUGGGUGAUCUUUUGCACAAUACAAAGGACACGAUGGAAACCAAAGGCGUGGCAUCCGUCCGCUCUCCUGUUCGGAAUCUACAGCAGUUCAACAGAGGCGUUACCCACGAAGCGUUUGUGGAUGCUGUCGUACACGAGUUUAGUAAGGAGUAUGGAAUUCGAAAUGUGGAUGGUGAGGUACAAAUCGUGAGCGAGGCUAGCUGCAGAGAUAUCGAAUAUAUUCAAAAUGGGAUGUCAGAACUUCCAAGUUGGGAGUGGGCGUACGGUCAAACACCAGAAUUCACUUACACUGUCAGUCAAGCUUUUGAGUGGGGGACCGUCACAGCCAAAAUUCGAUCCAAACAUGGAAUUAUCCUAGAUUGUGCUUGUUCACUCUCGGUCGCGGACGAUUCGGUGUCCUCUAUGCCCGCGAUUCAACCGGGUGUGGUCGAUUCGCUAAACCCUCAACUGAAGGAUAUUGAGCGGGCACUGCUAAACCGAAGAUAUGGAUUCGUGUCUGCGAUAGAGAUCCUCAAGGGUUUAGGUAUCAACGGUAUGGAUGACGAGACAGGAAGUGGGGUCAGAGCCGCGAAGGAUAUAGCGCUUUGGCUGGAAAGGAUAAUGAACAGCUAACUAUUCUUAGUCUUGCCAAUGUGUGGAAGGGAGAUGCCUAUCUACUUCUCCUCAUCGGAAUGAAGCGCUUUCUACAAUCGUAUGCAGGAUAUUGAGUAGUAUGAUAUUAAAGACAUUUCGAAUGCAAUAGAAGCCAUUAGCAAGCGGUACAUCGCUGAAGCUUCGCAGUGCGUAUUCUGUGUUAUUAGGUGAGCGCGGCUUCGUUGAACACACUAGGACGAAAAUCAUGGUCAGUAUGAGCUGCA